AUGACGGACACGUCCGAGGCGGACACGAUCCGCAUUCUCGUCGCCACCGACAGCCACGUGGGCUUCGAAGAACGGGAUGCCAUCCGCAAGGAUGAUAGCUGGCGCACCUUUGACGAGGUGCUGAACAUUGCCCGGAAACAAGAUGUGGACAUGGUGCUCCUCGCCGGCGACCUCUUCCACGACAACAAGCCCUCCCGCAAGUCCCUCUACCAGGUCAUGCGCACGCUCCGCCAAAACUGCCUCGGCAUGAAGCCCUGCCCGCUCGAGUUCCUCUCCGACGCCGCCGAGGUCUUCGAGGGCGCCUUCACGCACGUCAACUACGAGGACCCCGACAUCAACAUCUCGAUGCCCGUCUUCUCCAUCCACGGGAAUCACGACGAUCCGUCGGGCGACGGCAACUUUUGCUCCCUCGACCUGCUCCAGGCCAGCGGUCUCCUCAACUACUUUGGUCGCGUGGCCGAGGCGGACAACAUCGAGGUCAAGCCGAUCCUGCUGCAAAAGGGUCUCACCAAGCUCGCCCUGUUCGGCCUGAGCAACGUGCGCGACGAGAGGAUGUUUCGCACGUUUCGCGACCACAAAGUCAAGUGGUUUCGUCCCAACGUCCAGAUGGGCGAGUGGUUCAACCUGCUCGCCCUGCACCAGAACCACCAUGCCCACACGGCCACGUCGUACCUGCCGGAGAACGUGCUGCCGGAUUGGCUGGACCUUGUCGUCUGGGGUCACGAGCACGAGUGCCUCAUCGAUCCGACCAAGAACCCGGAGACGGGGUUUCACGUCAUGCAGCCGGGCUCGUCGGUCGCCACCUCGCUGGUGCCCGGCGAGGCGGUGCAGAAGCACGUCGCCAUCGUGAGCGUCACGGGCAAGGAAUUCCGGGUCGAGAAGGUGGCUCUCAAGACGGUGCGACCAUUUGUCACGAGAGAGCUCGUCCUCUCGCAGGACAGGCGGUUCAAGGGGCUCGACAAGAAAAAGGACAACAGGCAAGAGGUGACGCGGCGGCUGAUGGAAGUCGUCGACGAGAUGAUCGAGGAGGCGCAAAUGGAGUGGGAGGCGAUCCAGACGGACGACGAGGCGCUCGAGGAACGACCGCUGCCGCUGAUCCGGCUCAAGGUCGAGUACAGCGCGCCCGACGGCGGCAUGUUUGAGUGCGAGAAUCCACAGCGGCUCUCCAACCGCUUCGUCGGCAAGGUGGCCAACGUCAACGACGUCGUCUACUUUUACCGCAAGAAAUCCGCCCAGCGCAAGGCCACGGCCGCCACCCCCGCCGACGUCCUCGAGGACGUGGCAGACGGCGGCGACACGGUCAAGGUCGAGUCCCUCGUGCAAGAUUUUCUCGCCGCCCAAUCGUUGAAGGUCCUGCCGCAGGGUCCCUUUGGCGACGCCGUCCACCAAUUCGUGUCCAAGGACGACAAGCACGCCAUGGAGCUGUUCGUGUCCGAGCACCUCACCGGCCAGGUCAAGCAGCUGCUGGGGCUGGAGUCGGACGAGGAAGACCUCCACAGCGCCAUGGAGGUGUACCGAACCAGAGUCGAGCAGCAGACGGCGACGGGCGCCUCCAAGUUGCCCUUGGCGAGGAAACGCGUGCUGCGACCGAAGCCGGACUCGUGGGAUUCCGACUUUGACGGCAGCUGGGAGGACGAGCCGGAUGCGUGGACGUACGAGGAGCCUUCGGGGGAUGCCACACCGGCGACGGCGCGGGCGCGGGCGCGGAGGACACGGCCGGACGAGGGCAUGAGAGACUACGACGACGACGACGACGACGACGAGGCGUCCACGGCAAAGUCUACGAAGCGGACGGCGGCAAGGGCCAGCAAGACUGGCAAGGCGCCGGCGAAGAUGGCUCCAGCUCGAGGCCGCCGUCGCAAAGCCGCCGGCCACGCGGAGGAGGAAGAGGAGGAGGACGUUGUCAUGGAGUCGGAUGAAGACCCGGCACCUCCUGCGAAGCCGACCAGCAGGGCGCGGCGACCACAGGCGACGACGGCGGUCAAACGACCCAGCACGACGCGGGGGACGAAGACGAGACAGACGACGCUGAGUUUUUCGCAGGCGCAGCAAGGCGCGACGCAGGACAAGGCGUUGGAAAUAAGCGACGACGAGAUUUCGGACGCGUUUGAGGCGGCGCCCGUGCCGACGAGGACGAGAAGACGAUGA